AUGCCCUCUAUUGCGCUAGAUUUCGCUGCAGAGAUCGACGCAGCCGUCCGCCAAUUGAAGAGUGAGCGAGAUACAUGGCAGGCCGUCGCUGCCCAGUACAAAGCAGCCUUCGAAAGUCAGAGCGCACGGCUCUCCGAACUGCAGGACAUAUGCUUCGCUACUCAAGCGGAAUUGGAGAAUGAGAGGGUCCAACAACGCCGACUGCAUGCUACGUCCACUACCAGCCUGAAGGAUUGUUCGAGCAUUGCCCAAGAUCGUCAACAUGAGCGGCAUUAUGGUACUGCCCUGAUUAAGUCACCUAAUCAGACAAGGGUUAGCUUGCAGCGACAAUCGUUCGACGACUGUACCAACCCACUUUACAAGAGAGUUCAGCAGUCCGUCUCACAGCGAAACUAUGGCAACGCACUUGCGGAGCUCGAGCGAUUACUUCGCGGUCCUCUCAGCUCAAAGGCUCGUGCGGAGGGCCUGCUGCUCAAGAGUAGUUGUCUGCAGGCUGCAGGUCCUGAAGAGCUCUAUGACGCGCUGGCGGCUUGCAGCGAGGCACUAGAACUUUGCGACCGCAUUUCCGAGUUGGAGUCCUUCCUACCAAAGAUACAGUAUCAGCGUGGUAUCUGUUACUAUCAACUGCGUAUGCUUCACCAGGCCCGAGAAGCUUUCAAUGCAGUUAGGAACAGCGACUCACUCUCACUCAAAGCCAACGAAUACCGCAGAUCAUGCGAUGACGAGCUCGAACUGCUACGCCGCACUAAUCGGCGAUCGGGCUUUGAUGAGAGCCGGGGUACGACGGAAGGGUUCCUCGCGCAACUGGAGGAGCAACCUGAUAACAAGCGCCGCCGUACAAGUGCACAACUCAGACUCCGAGCUGUAGCUAAAGCUAAGCGCAUGUCGCUUCCGCAUCGAUGGGUAGUACCAAAGGGUGGUUCGGUUUAA